AAAGGUACUUAAAGCCUUGACGGCCAUCUCUGCCAUCUUCCUCCGGGUACCAACGCCAUAACGCUGCACACUGCCAGGCGAGAAGAAAAUUACCUCAGAACUGGACAGACUACCUGGCUGCCACAACCUUGCCCCCUCCCCUCCCUUCCCUCCCCUCCCCUCCCCUCCCCCCAUCCUUCUAGGGUGCUAGGAAAUGGGUGUGCCAGCUUCUGUAGAAGAUAUGGCGGAUUUGGCUUCACAGGCUGGGGGACCGUAAGCUAACUGGUAUUAAAUCGUCAUGCUAACUGCCAGGCUGCUUUCCAGACACCUGCGGCCCACAGAGCCCUUCAUCCUGGUCUUUUCAGCCCUGAAAAAAAGGAAUUCGGGUUCUUAGUCUGCGCCUGCAGUCUCUAUUUCUGCCCUUCAGCCUGCCCUCAGCAUGAAGCUCAGGCUGAACUAAAGGAAGGAGAAAGAGCUCAGAAUUCUUGCAGAUCCCUCUACCUUUAGGCUCUGCAGCUGCCAGCACUGCGGGAAUUGCUCCUGAUCCCAGGAACUUGGUCCAGCUCAGUUUGCUGCCUCAGAAGACCUUUCAAACCCAAGUUUGAGAGCCUCGUUUUGACUGGUGCAUACGUUCGUUCCACUUAAGCAAUCUGGAUCAGAGAAUUGUUGCACGUGUAUCAUGAGCCGUACUCGGGAUGCUGGCUGCGUAGCUGCUGGAAUAGUGAUCGGGGCUAGCGCCUGGUACUGUGUCUACAAAUACACUAGAGGAAAAGACCAGAAGAAGAAGAGACCAGCCAAAUCCAAGAACCGGGCUUCGGUGGGUACUGGAGCCAGGGCUAAAGGUGGACUAAAAGCAGGAUUCACAAUUGACCUUGGGCCAGGGUUCAAUCCCCCAGCCUCUGUCACUGUUGAGACAAUGAAUAAGGCCCAAGGGAAAACAUCCACUCUUGCCACAACUGCAGCUGAAAAAAUGGUGCCAGCUGCACCCAGCCCUAAGGUUCAGAAUGGGGCAGAAAGUAAGGCCCAGGAGGCCAAGGGGGCUGGGACUGAGCCUACUCCCAAACCAGUAGUCGCGACUUCAGCUGCCAGUGCAGUUACACCCCCACCCAAGGUGGCAGAGGUUCCCACAGCUGCGGAGGCCCCACAAAUAGUAGUGACUCCCAAAGUGGCAGAAGCUCCCGGUACCAUGGAGGCUACUGGGAUAACAGCACUCCCUGGGCCAGCAGUACUUCCUGGGGUAGCCCAGUCUCCUGGGCCAUUAGUACCUUCCCCAUCAAUAGCACCUUCUGUGCCAACAGCACUUCCCUGGGCUGUAGCACCUCCUGGGGUAGCCCAGUCUACUGGGCCAGCACCACCAACCAUGGCACUGCAAUCUCUUGUGCAAGCAGCACCUUCCUGGACAGUCGUAGCUCCCCCCGGGGCAGUCUACAUUCCCGUGGCAGCCCACUUUACUGGGCCAGCAACUGCCAGGGUAACCCAGUCUCCUGGGACAGUGGUGCCUCCCCUUCCACCCCCGUCUCUUGGGGCAGCAAUGCUUUCUAGGGCAGUCCAGUCUCCUGUGACAACAGUGCCUCCCAGAGCAGUCCAGUCUUCUGGGGCAACAGUGCAUCCUGGGAUGAUAGCCCAGUCUCCUGGGGUAGUAGUGCCUCCCAGAGCAGUUCAGUAUUCUGGGGCAGCAGUGCCUGCCAUUACAGGAGUCCCUUCUGGGGCAGCAAUGCCUGCCAUGACAGGAGUCCCUUCUGGGGCAGCAAUGCCUGCCAUGACAGGAGUCCCUUCUGGGGCAGUAAUGCCUGCCAUGACAGGAGUCCCUUCUGGGGCAGUAGUGCCUGCCAUGACAGGAGUCCCUUCUGGGGCAGCAGUGCCUGCCAUGACAGGAGUCCCUUCUGGAGCAGUAGUGCCUGCCAUGACAGGAGUCCCUUCUGGAGCAGUACUGCCUGCCAUGACAGGAGUCCCUUCUGGAGCAGUACUGCCUGCCAUGACAGGAGUCCCUUCUGGGACAGCAGUGUCUCCCAUGGGGCCAACAACUCCAAUGGCGGCGGCAGCAUUUGCUAGGGCACCAACAUCUACCCAGAGGGCAACAACCACAGACGUCAUGCAGGUCCCUAGGGUGGCAGCACCUACUGAAGCCACAGAGGCUCCUAGAAUGGCAACACCUGCCAUGGUGGCUGGGGCCUCUCUGCCAAUGCUUUCUGGGGCUGCCCAGACUCCUGGGCAUUCAGGGUCCUCUAAGACAGCAGCCACUAGCAAGAAAGCUGGAGCUCACACUGGAGCUAUACCUAAGUCUGGGUCAGCCGCUGGCGCUGUGCCCAAAGGUGGAAACAGGAACCGGAAUGGAGGCAAGGGCAAAAAUAGAAAAAACAAGGUUGAAGUGGAUGAAUUGGGGAUGGGCUUCCGCCCUGGUGACGGGGCUGCUGCAGCUGCUGCAGCUUCUGCUAAUGGCGGACAGGCUUUCCUAGCAGAGAUUCCUGAAUCUGAGGAGGGGGAGUCUGGGUGGACUGAUACAGAGUCAGAUUCUGACUCUGAACCUGAGAUUCAGCAAAGAGGGAAGGGGAAGAGAACCAUUCCCAUGCAUAAGCGCCCCUUUCCAUAUGAAAUUGAUGAGAUUCUGGGUGUCCGAGAUCUCAGGAAAGUCCUAGCCUUGCUUCAAAAAUCAGAUGAUCCUUUCAUCCAGCAAGUAGCCCUGCUCACCCUGAGCAACAAUGCCAAUUAUUCAUGUAAUCAAGAAACAAUUCGAAAGUUGGGAGGCCUCCCAAUUAUUGCAAACAUGAUCAACAAAACUGACCCCCAUAUUAAGGAAAAAGCCUUAAUGGCCAUGAAUAACCUGAGUGAAAAUUACGAAAACCAGGGCCGACUGCAGGUGUACAUGAACAAAGUGAUGGAUGACAUCAUGGCCUCUAACCUGAACUCGGCAGUACAGGUCGUUGGGCUAAAAUUUUUAACAAACAUGACUAUCACUAAUGAUUACCAGCACCUGCUUGUCAAUUCCAUCGCAAACUUUUUCCGUCUGUUAUCCCAGGGGGGUGGAAAAAUCAAGAUCGAAAUUUUGAAAAUACUUUCAAAUUUUGCUGAAAAUCCGGAUAUGCUCAAGAAACUUCUCGGUACCCAGGUGCCGUCAUCCUUUAGUUCCCUUUAUAAUUCUUACGUGGAGUCGGAAAUUCUUAUUAAUGCUCUUACUCUGUUUGAGAUUAUCUUUGACAACCUCAGAGCGGAAGUGUUCAACUACAGAGAAUUCAACAAGGGUUCCCUGUUUUAUUUGUGUACUACAUCUGGGGUGUGUGUUAAGAAAAUCCGAGCCUUGGCGAAUCACCACGACCUCUUGGUGAAAGUGAAAGUCAUCAAACUGGUAAACAAAUUCUGAUUUGUGCCCUCAAGAUCUGUGAUGUCUCAGUUUUUCAGUCUGGAAGCAUUAAAAAUGAGAUGUUAUUGCUUUCCUCCUUGUGUGUAUAGUAAAGGAGUUCUUUCAGCUGCCAGCUUAGAAUAAUGUGUCAUUCAGAGUGAUGUUGUUUGUGGCAGUCACCAGCUUUAAGCGGAACCAUUUUCUGAAUACCAAAUAGUCCUGUAGUCCUAUAGUACUGAAGACACAUUUGUGAUUUGAAUUGUGCUGCUUGAGUGGAAUCUUUUUCCCAAGUCCUCUAUGUGAGUUGAUAAUGAACCUGUUCGUGAAUGGCCUAUUCUGCCCUUACUUGUUUUGACUUGAAUUUUGUCACCAAAGACUUCAUAUGUGUAUCAUCAAUAAAGUUGUGUGUUGCAAA